UCUCUCGCUGCAAUCAAAAGCAUUCUUAGCUUUUAGGUGAACCCCACUGACUACUUCGGUGAGGCAUUUUCAAGAGUAUAGAAUCAUCCUUUUCACUAGCAAAAGAAGAUGCUGUUUAAUUUGAGGAUCCUGUUGAACAAUGCAGCUCUUAGAAAUGGUCACAGUUUUGUGAUUCGAAAUUUUCGAUGUGGACAACCACUACAAAAUAAAGUACAGCUCAAGGGUCGUGACCUCCUCACUCUAAAGGACUUUACAGGAGAAGAAAUUAAGUAUAUGCUAUGGCUAUCAGCAGAUUUGAAAUUUAGGAUAAAACAGAAAGGAGAGUAUUUGCCUUUAUUGAAAGGCAAGGCUUUAAGCAUGAUUUUUGAAAAAAGAAGUACUCGAACAAGAUUGUCCACAGAAACAGGAUGUCAGUCAUUGGAUUCAGGGCUGACACUACUCCAGUAUGACCUCAUCUUAACUAAUUAUAUCUGCAGAUAUCCUACUUCAAAACAAGGUCACAUUCUGACUUUUCAGGUUUUCUAUAUGGAGUUGGAGAAGUGUGUGUUAUCUAGCAUGACAGAUGCAGUGUUGGCUCGAGUAUAUAAACAAUCAGAUCUGGACAUCCUGGCUAAAGAAGCAUCCAUCCCCAUUGUCAACGGGCUGUCAGAUUUGUACCAUCCUAUCCAGAUCCUGGCUGAUUACCUUACGCUCCAGGAACACUAUGGCUCUCUGAAAGGCCUUACCCUCAGCUGGAUUGGGGAUGGGAACAACAUCCUGCACUCCAUCAUGAUGAGUGCAGCAAAAUUCGGAAUGCACAUUCAGGCAGCUACUCCAAAGGGUUAUGAGCCAGAUCCCAGUGUAAUCAAGUUGGCAGAACAGUAUGCCAAGGAGAACAGCACCAAGCUGUCACUGAUGAAUGAUCCAUUGGAAGCAGCUCGUGGAGGCAAUGUUUUAAUUACAGACACUUGGAUAAGCAUGGGACAAGAAGAGGAGAAGAAAAAGCGUCUCCAGGCUUUCCAAGGUUACCAGAUUACAAUGAAGACUGCUAAAGUUGCUGCCUCUGACUGGACAUUUUUACACUGCUUGCCCAGAAAACCAGAAGAAGUGGAUGAUGAAGUGUUUUAUUCUCCACGAUCACUAGUAUUCCCAGAGGCUGAAAACAGAAAGUGGACAAUCAUGGCUGUCAUGGUGUCCCUGUUGACAGAUUAUUCACCUCAGCUCCAGAAGCCAAAGUUUUAAUGCUGUGAUACUUGCUGAGAGAGAAACAAUGUUCUUCUGUAGCAGAAUGAGUCAGUUUAUGGGGAAAGGAGAAAAGAAUCUAAGAGAAAUAAAGAAAUUCUGAUUCAUGGUAUAGGUGAACAAUAUGAUAUUGCUUUGCUAUUCUGAAACUUUCCUAAACUCCUUAAUUUAAGUGUUGAUGCAUUGUAAUACAUGUCUUGACUUGAUUUUAACUAAUUUAUGAUUUCUGGGUUACAUUUUGUCAUCAUAUUAAUAAUUAUAUAUAUUUACCUCAACUAAACAUAAAAUACUACAUUCAUAAUAUGUAAUGUGUAAGCCAUUAAAUGUAAUCUAUGCUUUUUACCUUAAUAAAUAAAUUAUCACCCAAACAAAUCUGUAAAUAAGCAUUUACCAAACAGGUCAGCUGCUAGUAUUUCUGUGGGCUGCGUUCAUAUUCCCCAGUACUAACAAAGAAGCCAAAUGAGCCAUCUUGCUGACACAUUGCAAUUUUCAGGCAAAUGAAGUAGACAGACAUUUGCUUAUGGAGGCAAAUGAUGAAGUUCUUAGAAAACAGUUAUAAUUCUGCCCAAACCCUGGAGUUUUUUCCAAUCAUUUGUGGGAAG